AACAACGCGCUGCCGAUAUCGCGAGAGUCGCGUAAAGGUCGUCGAGGCGGUUGAUUGACGGCUCCUUCUGAGCGGCGCAGCGGAGGGCAGAGCGAUGUCGUUUUGCUCCUUUUUCGGGGGAGAGGUUUUCAAAGACCACUUCAAUCCAGGGAUUUAUUCAUGCUCCAAGUGUGACCACCAGCUGUUCUCCAGCAGAUCCAAAUAUGAGCACUCGUCUCCCUGGCCAGCCUUCACAGAGACCAUCCGUGAGGACAGUGUUUCCAAACAUGAGGAGAGACCUGGGGCAUACAAGGUGAGAUGUGGGAAGUGUGGCAAUGGAUUGGGCCACGAGUUUGUAAACGACGGGCCAACCAAAGGAUCGUCUCGCUUUUGAAUAUUCAGUAGCUCACUGAAGUUCAUCCCUAAAGAUAAGGUUGAUGGACAGUAAGGUGAGCUGUUGGAGGGGGUGGCUGCCAGAAAAGGAGAACGUCUGAAAGCUCUCUGUUCUACUGAAGGUGCGGACAGUGGAUGAAGUGCUCUGGGAAAAGUCUGGGACCUCCAGGACACCGAUGGACAAUGGCUUCACUGGACGGCAAGGAUGGAGGACACUAUCAACUUCCUUAUGCAAUGAGCUCAAGUGAUAUAUAUAUAUAUAGGCACAAUCACCAAUUAAGUUAGCGUAAUGUAUUACACGUUCAUGGUCUCUCCGUUUUGUAUUUUGGCAUUAAUAAUAGGAGGAGAGGUGAUUGCGCAAUAUUUUUGAUAAUGACUUAUUUUUAUUAUAAGGUUUUUGAGAUAAAGCAAAUGAAAUAUUAGUUAUAGUAACAGGUACUUUUUAAAAUCAAUACUAUAUUCCUGAUGUCACAAAUGUCUGUUCAAAAGCAUUUUAUGAAUGAAUGUCACACGAGAGUCCAAAUGGCAAUAAAUUUUAUAUACACUACUUAUUAUUGUAUAGU